GAGAGUCCCAGCCCAACAAGAGCUGAGCAGCCGCCAGCAGCAGAUGACUCUCUCCAUGUCCUCUGUCACUGCGCUUCACAUCCACAGGACCCGAUGUUUAUUUCCUCUGUUGUGAAGAUUUUCAGUCAGAGAAUAUUUGUGAAUUAAAGCUCUGUCGGGAUUAUUUCACGGCUCAACUUUGAACAAAACAAACACCUCUGUCGGACCAGAGAGGCCAGAUUUAUGCUGGUCACAGAGCCUGGAACACUCAAUACAUGCUCCUUGAGAUCUUUUCCCACGCAGGUUUGAGCACAGCUGUCCCAAAACUGCAAUGUCAUCAAAAAUGCAGAGCUCCAGUAGCAUAGCUCAGGCCAGGCGGACAGUGCAGCAGCUGAGGAUAGAGGCCAGCAUCGAGAGGAUAAAGGUGUCCAAGGCUUCAUCAGACCUGAUGCGCUACUGUGGAGAACACGCCAAGAAUGAUCCGCUGCUCAUGGGCGUCCCCGCUUCAGAAAACCCUUUCAAGGACAAGAAACCUUGCACUGUUUUGUAGGGCAACACCUGAACUCUUGCUGCUUUUCAUUUUGAUGCUUAUGUGGAAAAGAGUUGAUAGUAAUACUGUUCACAACUUGCCUUAAGGCCAGUGCACCCCCUUACUUUUUCACAUGCCUGCUGCAGUUUGAUAAGGAGUAUAUUCCUCUCUGCCUUUCAGUCAGAUAGUGGUUACACCAAAGAACAGGCAGAAAUCUGAAGCUGUGGCCUCGGAUCAAAGCUUUAGCCCAAACAAAGGUGAUUCAAAGUUUGCAUGAAGGCUCAGUGGUGACUUUUCUUUUCUCUGUGCUGUUAUCUGGCAAGAUCUAGAAGGCCACAAACCUCAGCCUGAAAGGAACUGUGCCAUCAAGGGAGAGUUCCUGUCUCUCUAAUUAUCUCAGCGUGCAUAAACAAGCCCCCUCAAUCAUUUAGGCUUUCAGCUUUCACCUCUUUCAGGCUUACUUCAGGAAACAGUUGUUGUAGUUUGUGCGCUACUGAUAAUGAGCGCCUGAGAUAAUGAUGUCCUGUUGUUGGGCAAGUAAACUGUACUGUCCAUCACAGGAGGACAAAUACAAAGGGCAGAAGUCUAUUGCCGCUGCUCCCACAAUAUAUUUUGUCAUUUAGUCACAGUCAGAAAUAAUAGUCUUGAAAAAUUAGCUGUUAGAUUGUUCCCAACUCUCUCAUGGCACAGACAGAACAAGACAACAACAUUUUUUUGCGACUCUUAGAAUGUAGUGUAGUGCCCUUGCAGUGGAGAGCCAAGAUGUUGAGAUGAGUUGACUGAUUUGUUUUCUAUAAACCAGUUUUCUGUUUUCUACAUCCCAGAUAUACAACACACUUCAUAUCACCACUACCAACUUCAACUAAAUCCAGUGCAAAGCCAUUGAGUAUCAGUGUAUGAAGUCUAAAACUGAUGAGUAAUUUUUCCUGUCUGGUUGUCUUUUGUUAAAUUAAUUUUGUCAUACAUUUGCCUUAGAAAUGAAUGUACAACUUUGAGUACAAUCAUCAGUUAAUAUGAGACACCCAUAAAUAAAAGCACCAGUAUGACACAUGGUGUCGCUGCACUUUGUAGAUGACCCUUUUGCAUGAGGUAGUGCUUAUUCCCUAAAAUGUGGAGACAGAUAUUCAGCCAUUAUUGCUGAAGAAAAUAGUCCAAUCUGUGCCAUCUAAUCAGUGUCACUGUUCCACUUCCGGUCUGGUCUUUUUUUGCCAGCUGUUUCUCUUUUUGUCUCUGCAGAGCUGAGGCUUAUUGCUGUACUAUUCAGGCACUUUGAAAUGUGUAAACACCAGAUGACUGUUAUACUCUUGAGUUUGAAACAUUCCAUGUUUACAGCUGCUCUACAGUUUACUUUAAUUUGAUUGGCGGCAUAUAGCUGUAACUUUGUCAUUUGUGUGUUGGUGCUCGCGCAAAUACGUAAGCAACUAAUUUUGCAAUUUUACCAGCCAGGGCCUUAACAAUGAAGUGAUCCUGCUUCAACCUCUUGACUACCUUUUAGUCACACAAGUGCUGUUGUCUAAUACUGUGAAUAACAAAGGCCCUUUAGAUGAAGGGAUUAUAUCUUAUCUUUAGGCUAUUAACCCUGUGUCUGACAUCCUAUUUCAAAAUGACUCAUGUUCAGUAAGUAGUAGUAGUGAUUUGCAUUAAGAUAUCUCUCAUAUGUCUAUAAAUAUGGUAGUGCUAUAGGUAUGUCCAUGUAUCACAGUAUGUGCUUGCUUGUAACUGUUUAAUGUAUUUCACAGGACUACACUGAUUCAGUCAAACCUAAACUUUGAAUUUCUGUUUUGUGACAUUAAUUAAACUUUUUGAAUUAAAAACUGAAUGUGAUGUUUUGGUUAAUGAUGUAUUUGGUUGAUUUUUACUAGUCAGUAUGAAUUAGUGUUUGUAUUAGAAAAACGGUCACAAUGUUUUCUCACUCAUGGUAUAUAUAGGUGACAACUGAUUGUGUCAUGUUCUUCCUUUACCUGUUUGUGGUAAGUGCAAAUAAACCUAUGGAAAACA